UUCUUCAAGCUACUGCGGCCUCGACUAGAGUUGAUCGUGGAUGCUGAUUUAGAAAAGGAAUUGAGGCUCUUUACGCCCAUUGGAGGAUGGUCAGCUCCAGAUGCUACACUGAAAGGAUCAGCUCCGAUUAAGCAUUAUUUGGCUACCAUUCUUUCUCUCAAGCCCUCUAUCUUGGCUCUCUUUAGCUCGACAUCUCAUCAAUCUUACUUUUGCAUUAAGUGGAUUCUGCUGUAUCUUCCGUACGCCUUGUUGGCGGAGGCCAGUUCUCCUACCCUUCUUCGGGCAGCCGCCUCUUCUCCUGAUUUGUCCAACCUUCGACCUCUCUGUCACCGUCGCUCUCAUCUUUCGCCCUCUUUCCGAGUCCGUGAAACCAUAGCCAGUGAUGUUAAUACAUUUGGUCAGUCCGGGGAGUCUCUGACCAAUAUUAGAGGAGAUGGGCUCCUCUCGACGCCAGAAGAUCUUGAGGUCUUUAAAGUGAUGAAGGAGACAGAGGGGAGACAGAUUGUUGAAGGGAAUGAUCAUCUCUCACCGUCUGUUGCUGACCCAUCGGGUACAGUGCACUGGCCUCUAAUCAGUUCGGCCGCCACGCCCCGCGGCCAUAAUUAUUUGCUUUCGCCUGUAAGUAGGCCAAAGCAACUUGCCUGGACCACUGCCUCUCGCCUACCCAACCAAAAAUCGCCAAAUCAGCCGACUGAGGCAAGAAUGAAGACGGCACAAACUGUGACUACCGGUCGAAAUCAGUCUGAGCCAAGUAUCCAGUUGACUUGGGACCAAGCGCAGGUCUCAAAUGCCAACCACCUAUCAACGAGCGACGAAGCUGUAUCCGCCUGUCGACUCGACCCCGAAGGACAUCAGGCCUCUGGACAGAUUCCACUGGGGUAUGAGGAGAUGUGGACGCGGCGUUUCUCAGCCCAGUUGAUCACAUUGCCAGCCCACGUCCGGGUCAUCGCCAUCCGGGUCAAAUAA